AUGGAUAACUUUGCUUGUGAUCUCCUUGUGCACAUAACAGCAUCCAGCAGGCUUGAAGACGACAAUCGAUAUGCCACAAUCGCCCAGUCAGUCCUUGAUUUCCAGCCUUUGACCACGACCAGACUGAUAGGUCGUGCUUCUCAGUCUCGAUCGUCCAAUGAUACAGACGUACUGGACAGCAUCGACACACAAGAUACAUGGCCUAACCCUGAUGAUGCUUCCUCAACAUGGAUCCAAGCCCACGAUGACGCUCUCAAAGAUGACCUACGAGAUCGCGAAGGCGGUGCUGAACAGCAGACCUUUCUGACUGCUAGUGGGCCGUCUCUGUUCGAAGAAGCAGGUGGUCGCUCCUUCUCUGCCGUAAAUCGCUCAUCAGGGCAGCCAGAUCUGCCACGUCCUCGGACAGCACCCGAAAACUCGUCACUCUCUUUGGAGUCUGAUAUACCUUUCAAUGGCACAAGCCGUAGGCGCGCUUAUUCUGAAGUUUCGUCCUUCAGUGAUUCCUUCUUGACGGUGCCAAACUCGCAUGCUACCUCGAGUCACCCUGACCUUCAUGUUCCAUCAGAUGAGAUGUCUCUUAAUGCAGACCAAUUUCGAGUUAGGGAGAGAAUGCUUUCUCCACGAGGCGAACCACAACUAAAGAAACGGCGUCUGGAUAAUGAUAUAAUCGCUGAUGACAGUAGAAUAUCUCUUGAGCUGGCGCACCACAUGGAGCCACCAUUUGGUUUUAUUCCAACGACGCCCGACCAGCCAAGCGCCGGUAAGAAGAAUCCAUCGCAGCCAAAGACAGAAUCGAAAUCAGCAUCAUCCACGUUAUCUCCAUCUCAGCCAUUGAAGCUCGGAGGGGUCGGUUCCUUGACCCUGUCUCCGCAUAUUCCCUCCGUCGACUUGACUACGCCACCUCGCGAACAACAGAUGUACCAACAUGAGAAGAUAUUGGAACCGAACCUCGCGCAGCAGAAGCCUCCUGUUGACAAUCGAUUGCAUGGCGACAACGCACGUCACACAGACAUACCGCCAUUUAUGAGCAGAACACAAGAGUUAGCAGAUGAGAUCAAUGGUCCGGACCCUGCUGGUGGCCAGCAACGUUUCACUACGCACAUCACGAAGACAUAUGAGCUUCUCUCAGAACGAAUAUCGAUGGCCAAGGUAUUUCGACCCACUCAUGUCGCGAGAGACGUGCUUGCACUAGAGCGAGGACAUUGGUUAUUCUCGAUUAGAAUAGGGGCAGAUGAUGACGUUGCCGAGUCGAGGAAAGCAUUAAGCCAGGAAGAAAGACGUGCAAAACUACGCCGUGACCUUGAAGGAACUACAUGCCUGGAGAGAGUUAGGAAAUUUGAUGGCAAACGAGCAGUCCAUGAGGAGGAGUCCAGCGCGACGACGCCGAAUAGCCCGCUCUGGACUGAGGCGGAUUUUACCACCUUCUGGGGGAACAUGAGUCAGUUUAUCCGGGAUGGCAAGGCAGGUUGGGGGAGUCGGCUUGUUAAAGAGGCGAACCAGGAUAACACGUGGGACGUCAGGUUCUUUUGCUGGGGAGAGGUAUUGGGUCAUGCAUGGUUAGCACUAUGGAUCCUGUCGGACAAGUUGGUGGGACGGAUGCCUAUGACUUGGGUGUCUGCGGAUGGCCUCGCGGUUGUGAGGAUGUCGGGAAAGAAGCAUCGAAACGCUGAACUGGGUUCUUGGAUCAGGAAGGCAGAAGGGCAAUCUGGUUACUGGGGGGUUGGUGAAAAGUGA